CAAAGUGCACGUUUCUGCCUACAUCGUACAAAUAAUAAACUAUAUUUUUAGGCACUAAUUCAAACACGAUGAAGAAAAAGCCGGCUACAUUAUCAGACAAGAUAAACAAGCUCUUCGAACCGGACAAGACGAAGGAUCAGUCGGAAGAAUCCGGGGACGAUACGGCACCGAAAUUCAGUGAGUUCGAUGAAGUACCAGACGAGACGUUCAGAAAUGCAGCAUUGAGUGAAUUCCGGAAGCGUAACAUAAAGUUCCUCGAAGAUUUCGAUCGGAAAUACAAAGGAACAGUUUCCUCCAGAAAAGAAGUGCUUGAUGGCGAGGAAAGCGAAACUGAUGCGGAUACUAUUGAUCACGAUGAAAGUGAGAAUGAUGCAGAGCAAUUCGACGAUGAUGCAGAAGAUGAUGGUGGCGAAGAGGAUGAUGACGGUGAUGAAAGUUUAAGCGAUGCUCCUAGAACCAAAUCUAUCUUAUUUUUGAAACCAUCGCAUCACAAUGAUGCAGAUAGCGAAGCAUCAGAGGACGAGAGUGCAGUUGAAUCCUUGGGGGAUGAUGAUGAAUCGGAAGACGAUCAGGAUGGAUCAUUUACCGAAUACUUAGAAAAAAGUAAAAACCAAUCCAAAAGCGAUCAGAUUACGUUAAUUAGGGAAGAAAAUCGUGAGGAAACGGUAAGCAAAGGUCUGGCCGUACAGAAUCAGCUGAAGCUGUGGGAACGAAUGUUGGAAAUGCGCAUCAAGUUGCAGCCCUGCUUGAUAACGGCCAACAGUCUGCCACCGGCGGAUGUGUGUGAAAAGCUACGCGCCGAAAGCGAAGAGUUUCGGGACAAGGUUGAGCAAGUCACCGAAACCGUUGCCCAAGCGAUGGAUCGGUUCCUCGAGCUGCAGGAAACUCUGCUCGAUCGCUUUUCGGAAACAAAACAGCUUCUUAAGAGUGGGUCGAAAAGGAAAGGAUCCGAGAAAAGGGCGUCAAAAUCAAAACGGAUUGCCCUGGACGAGUACGAGCAGUCGUUGAGCGGAAGGACCAAUGACAUGGUGGAUUACCGAAAUAGUGUGCUCAUGAAAUGGCACGAUCGCACAAAAGUUGCUUCUAGCGUACGAAACCAGAAACAAACGCUAUCGGUGUUGAAAAAAAUCGAAGAGAGUCUAAUAAACCGCGACGAACUGGUUCGAAAAACGCAACUAUAUCGUGGUGGAUACACGUUGUUUGGCCGAGCUGAUGAAUCGCAAGCGAAAAUUUCACAUCCUGAAGAGGAACCUCGUGACACUCCGGACCAGGGCCCGCAAGCAAUCUACGAUGCGGAAAUCUAUGAUGAUUCGGACUUCUACCAUCAGCUGCUUCGGGAACUGAUCGAGUAUAAGACCAACACUACCGAUAGUCCUCAGGAGAUGGCCAACAAGUUGGCCGAGCUGCAAAAGAUGCGUAACAAAAUGAAGAAAUCGGUGGAUACCCGUGCGUCGAAGGGUCGUAAGAUUCGCUAUGUUGUACAUAAUAAGCUGGUUAAUUUUAUGGCACCAGUUCAGGAUUACGAUUGGACGGAUGGCGCAAAGGAUGAGCUCUUUGGAUCUCUCUUUGGCCGUAUGCCUUUGGCCUCUGAACAUCAAUAAUUGGCAGGAACGAGUUUCUUUCUCAGAAAAAAUAUACAUAAAGCGGAUACUCUGAA